GGCGAGUACCUGGACAUGAAAGAUCAGUCAUGCAAACCAUGUACAGAGGGCACGUAUUCUCUGGGCACUGGCAUCAGGUUCGAUGAAUGGGAUACACUGCCCCAUGGCUUUGCCAACAUAGCAACCAACCUUGAAAUCGAUUACAGCUCCAAAGAGUCCUUGGAAAACUGCACCAUGUCGAAGUGGGUUCCCAUGGGAGAUUUCAUUGCCUCCAACACAGAUGAGUGCACAGCCACUCUCAUGUAUGCUGUUAAUCUCAAGCAAUCUGGCUCUGUCUCCUUUGAGUACAUCUAUCCAGACAGCAGCAUUGUCUUCGAGUUCUUUGUUCAGAAUGACCAGUGCCAGCCAACAGUGGAGGAGUCACGAUGGAUGAAGACCACAGAAAAAGGGUGGGAGAUACACACUGUGGAGCUGAGCCGUGGCAACAAUGUCCUCUACUGGAGAACAACAGCUUUCUCUGUGUGGUCCAAAGCUCCCAAGCCUGUGUUGGUGAGGAACAUUGGGAUUACAGGAGUGGCCUACACUUCAGAAUGCUUUCCUUGUAAGGCAGGCACCUACACUGCCAAGUCAGGUUCUUCCUUCUGCCAACAGUGCCCAGCAAAUUCCUACUCUGGCAAGGGAGCGACAUCCUGCCACCAGUGUGAGCCCACUAUGUACUCAGAACCAGGUUCUGCAGCAUGCAAACCUCGCCCAGCCUGCACAGAUAAGGAUUAUUUUUAUACUCACACAGCCUGUGAUACAAACGGAGAGACCCAGCUAAUGUAUAAAUGGGCUGAGCCAAAGAUCUGCAAAGAGGAUCUCCCCAGCGCUGUUUCAUUGCCCCCUUCAGGUGUGAAAAUGAUGUGCCCACCAUGCAACCCUGGGUUUUUCAAGACAAAUGCCAGCACCUGUGAGCCCUGUGCAUAUGGAUCAUACUCUAAUGGGUCUGGCUGCAUCAACUGCCCAGUUGGGACUGAGCCGGUGCUAGGCUUUGAAUACAAGUGGUGGAACAUGUUGCCAGCUAACAUGGAGACAACAGUCCUCAGUGGAAUCAGUUUUGAAUAUAAAGGAAUGGCAGGGUGGGAAGUGGCUGGCGACUACAUUUACACAGCAGCAGGAGCCUCUGAUGAUGACUUCAUGAUUUUGACCUUGGUAAUUCCUGGAUUUAGCCCCCCACAAUCAGUGGCAAAGGACUCAGAAAACAAGGAGAUAGCAAGAAUCACAUUUGUCUUUGAAACUAUCUGCAGUGUGAAUUGUAAGCUUUAUUUCAUGGUGGGUAUGAAUUCCAAAACUGAUACAGCUGUGGAGACCUGGGCUGGCCCUAAGGGAAAGCAGUCCUACACAUACAUCAUUGAGAAAAAUGCUACGAUGAGCUUCACAUGGGCGUUCCAGAGGACAGCGUACCAUGAAGCAGGUAGAAAAUACACAAACAAUGUUGCCAGGCUGUACUCCAUCAACGUGACCAAUGCCAUAGAUGGUGUUGCUUCUUACUGCCGCCGGUGUGCUUUGGAAUCUUCGGGCUCAUCCUGUACCUCCUGCCCAGCUGGGCACUACAUUGACAGAGACUCUGGUGGCUGCUAUGCAUGCCCACCAAAUACUUAUCUGAAAGUUCACCAGCCCUAUGGCAGUCAGGCCUGCAUCCCUUGUGGCCCUGGUACAAAAACCAACAAGAUCCAUUCUCUCUGUUACAACGACUGUCACUUCUCAGUCAGCGUGGAAGGCAGGACUCUGGAAUAUGAUUUCUCAGCCUUGGCCAAUACCACAUCCUUUUUAGGGGACCCAAGUUUUACCUCAAAAGGGCUGAAGUAUUUUCAUCACUUCAACAUCAGCCUCUGUGGCAAUCAUGGAAGAAAGAUGGCUACCUGCACAGACAAUGUCACAGACAUCCGGAUCCUGGGCAAGGAGGCAGAGUCUUCCAAAUCAGCUACCUCCUAUGUAUGCCAAUCCAUCAUUGUCCCCUCUGAAAUGAUGGGUUACAAAACAAUAGUGUCUUCACAGCCUGUGAGCCUUGCAGACCGCUUAGUAGGAGUAACAACAGAGUCUACCCUGGACAAUAUAACUUCUCCUGCUGACCACUUCCCUCCUGGGAAUGUGGGCUUAUCAGAUGUGAUAUUCUUUUUUAGAUCCAAUGAUGUGACCCAGACUUGUAAUAAUGGGAGAGCCACUGCCGUCAGAGUAAGAUGUGAUCCUCUUAAGUCCCCUGGAAGCCUGUCUGUGCCAAACAAGUGUCCUGAAGGAACCUGUGAUGGGUGCACUUUCUACUUCUUAUGGGAGACAGUUGAAGGCUGUCCUCUCUGUUCUACAGAUGAUUACCAUGCCAUCAUCAGUGCCUGUGUAGGAGGAAUUCAGAGAACCACGUAUGUGUGGCGAGAGCCAAAGCUGUGUGCAGGUGGCAUUUCCCUCCCAGAGCAAAAAGUCAGCAUCUGCAAGACCAUGGACUUCUGGCUCAAAGUGGGCAUCUCAGCGGGGACCUGUGCUGCUGUCCUUCUGACUGUCCUGACUUGCUAUUUCUGGAAGAAAAACCAGAAGCUAGAGUAUAAAUAUUCCAAGCUGGUGAUGAAUUCGAGUGCCAAGGAUAGUGAGCUGCCUGCUGCUGACAGUUGUGCCAUUAUGGAGGGAGAAGAUGUAGAAGAUGACCUGAUAUUCACAAGCAAGAAUUCUCUCUUUGGCAAAAUAAAGGCUUUCACUACUAAGAGAACAUCUGAUGGUUUUGACUCUGUUCCGCUGAAGACCUCAUCUGGAACCACAGACAUGGACCUUUAG